CACAAGAAGUCUUACGCGUACCGACAAUUGAAUUGUGGGUUUGCAUUAAUAAUUAAAUGUGGCGAUCAGUUAGUUGUUGAGGCCGAUUUAUUAGGAAAGAGAUCCUCAAGAUCAUUGGAUCAAAUGAUCCGGAUCUUCUAAAUUUCAUCAAACGGUUAAAAAUUAUCAUAACUUUUAAGGGGUUAAAACAGUUGGGCUGUUAGAUAAAAUUUAGAAGGUCCUGAUCAAUGGAUUUAAUGAAAGAGAUCUGAAGAGGAUCUCUUUCCGAUUAAUUAUUGCUCAAGCAAAGCUCAAGUAUAAAUAAGAAGCCAAUGAUCUAUUUAGCUCUCACCAAGCAGCUCAGAGUUGUAAGAGAAUAUUUUGAGAAUGGGACGCGGUAGUAGGAGAUCGCAGCAGCUUGCUUUGUUUUCUUUGUUUUUUAUUCAAAUUCUUGCAGUGAGUGUGGUUGCAAGGAACGUAGUGAGUGUGAGGCGUGAUGAGGAGGAGAAGAACUUAGCUGGUGGUGGAGGAUUUGGCGCUGGAGGUGGAGUAGGUGGAGGUGGUGGUGUUGGAGGUGGUGGUGGGGUAGGAGGCGGUGCUGGUGGUGGUUUUGGAGGUGGUGGUGGGGGUGGGGCUGGAGGCGGUGGAGGAUUUGGAGCUGGAGGUGGGUUUGGUAAAGGUGGUGGCAUUGGUGGUGGGAUUGGCAAGGGUGGAGGAGUAGGUGGUGGUGCUGGUGGUGGUUUUGGCAAGGGUGGUGGAAUUGGAAAGGGUGGAGGAAUAGGAAAAGGUGGUGGAGCUAGUGGGGGUUUUGGAAAAGGGGGUGGUGUAGGUGGAGGAAUAGGAAACGGUGGUGGUUUUGGAAAAGGAGGUGGUGUAGGUGGAGGAAUAGGAAAAGGUGGUGGAGCUGGUGGUGGUUUUGGAAAAGGAGGAGGCAUUGGCAAGGGUGGUGGAGUUGGAGGCGGAGCCGGUGGUGGGUUUGGAAAAGGUGGUGGUGGUGGUGGCGGAGCCGGUGGUGGCUUUGGAAAAGGUGGUGGAGCAGGUGGUGGAUUUGGUAAAGGUGGCAAUGUUGGUGGGGGAAUAGGAAAUGGUGGAGGUGUUGGUGGUGGAGCUGGUGGUGGCUUUGGAAAGGGUGGAGGUGUCGGUGGCAGUGGUGGCCAUGGAAAAGGUGGCGGUAUUGGCGGGGGAGCAGGAGGAGGGUUCGGUAAAGGUGGUGGAGUAGGUGGAGGCAUUGGAAAGGGUGGUGGAAUUGGUGGUGGUGGUGGUUUUGGUAAAGGUGGUGGUAUUGGAGGAGGAAUUGGCAAAGGUGGGGGAGUCGGUGGUGGCGUUGGAGGCGGAUCUGGCGGUGGGAUUGGGGGCGGAUUUGGCAACGGCGGUGGUGUUGGAGGAGGAAUAGGGGGAGGUUCUGGUGGCGGAUUUGGAGGCGGUGGCGGAUUUGGUGGAGGAGCAGGCAGUGGUGGUGGAUUUGGUGGGGGUGGCGGUGCUGGUGGAGGUGGUGGUAUUGGACAUCACUGAGCUCCACGUUAUGCAUGCACUCGCACACUUGCAUGUUUACGAACAAUGAUGGUAUUAGGCAUCACUGAGCUUAAUGUUUUUUUUUCUUUUUUUUUUUGGAAACCACUGAGCUUCAUGUCAUGCACACACGCAUGUAUAUGAACGAAGGAUCUAUCAACUAGUACUUUGUGUAAUAAUUAAUGAACAAUUUUUAUUACUACUA